AUGGCUGGAAAUGCGGAAAACAGCAGAGAAUUUAUGGAGAGGUUUACAAGAGCUGAAGGAGGGGUGGUUUCCGCUGUGUGUUCCCACACCGGUAUUAGAUAUCGCUUUACGAUUGAAGAGGACGGAUGGCAUUGGUAUAAGGCCAAUGAAUAUGAAGGUGCAAGCGAUGCUGAUGAUGAGCGCGGUGAGGAGGAAAGGAUAACGGUCGGGUGCAAUAUUGCAGCCCGCGAUCGCAGCCCCGGCUCAUCACGCCCGCCCAGUCAGGAGCACAUCUUGCCCCCCACAUUGGAGGAACCGGUAGGUGAAGAUUGGCCUGAAGAGAAUGGCCUGGCAGGUGAUGAUCUGCCUAUAACAGACAUGCAUAUUAAUACUUUAGUUUUUAUAGAUCGAGCUGAUGAAGAUGUUACAUCUCCGGAUGUAAGUGACAUUGAGUCACGAAAUUGCGAAGAAGAUUUAGAAGAUGAGGCAGAAGAAGAAAACGAAUCGGAGAAUGUUACGUCUCCAGAUGUGAGUGACAUAGAGUCACUAGGAGAUGACAUAUUUGUCGAAGAUGAUGUUCAGGGAGCAAGGGCUUUGACUCCCCCCGAUAUGCCCGAGCUUGUUUCUUGGGCAGAUGAGUUUGAGGGAGCAAGGGCUUUGACUCCCCCCGACAUGCCCGAGCUUGUUUGUUGGGCAGAUAACGCUUAUGGUUUUGCAGCCCAAGCUUUGGGUCGGAGUAUAACUCCGCCCGAUAUGCCCGAUCUCUUUUCGUGGGUGGAUAAUGGUGAGGGUCGAGCAAUGCGAGGUUCGGGUCGGAGUACGACUCCUCCCGAUAUGCCUGAACUAGUGUUGGCGGGCAAUGAUUAUGGUCAUUCAGCACGAACUUUGGGCAGGAGUAGAACUCCUCCUGAUCUCAUGAUGCCUGAUAAUGAUGGUUGGGUACCAUUCUUGCGUCGACAAGAGCUUCUUCCUGAGCUCCAACACUUUGAGAAAGUGAUUGGAGUUCUUUUGAAAAUAAAAUUGAGGGGGGAGGACGAUGAUACAGCCGAUUACCGCAUAAUUUAUCAGGAGGAAUCUGACGCACCCCCUCCGUAUUGGUGUUUUGGGCCCACUAACCCCUACGAAGAAUUAUUAUGCGUAAUUCUUCAGUUGCGAAUUGUGGAGGCAAUAGGAACUCGAACUGAGUAUCGCGUAAUUUACGGAUUCGACGAUUAA